AUGGUCCCAAACGCACGACCACGCCUCUCUCCCCGAGGGGAUUCGCACCAAGAAGUCCCCGCCGCCAAUGAUCAGAGCCGCGUACCUCACAUGCGAAGACCACACGUCCGUCCCCGGAAACGCAGCCCCCAGCUCCUCGCAGACAGCACUCAUCACCCUCCUAUGCGAGGCGCGGUUCCUGUCGCAGUCCACAACGUGCAGAUUCCCCCCCUCGCUCGCCGCCAGCCUCGGCAGCCGCUCCGUCUCCCACGGCCCGUCCAACCCAGCCAGCCUCGUCACACGCGCCCCCUCGCCCCUCGCGCCGCUCAACAUCACCCCCAAGCCGACCCCGUCGACGCUGUCCUCGCGGAUCCUGCCCCCCUCCAGCCUGAGAUUGGGGUACACCACCGCGGCGAGCACCUCGCGCCCGUCCUCAAGCAGCGCCAGCGAGACGGCGUACUGCCCGCCCGUGAGGAACGUGGCCGUCCCGUCCACCGGGUCCAUGGCCCAGAAGCGUCCUCGCGGCCCGCCCGUCCCGCGGCCCCCCAUGUCGAUCAGCGCGAGCAUCUCGUCGACGCUGCUGCUGCUGCUGGCCGGGCCGUCCCCCCGCGCGGCCGAAUACAGCGCGUACACUUUAUCUCUUAG